CACUCGUGUCAUCCUAUUUUCUUGAACUGGAGUGUCGAGUUUCCUAGUUUGAGCACCAGAAUUACCCACAAGGACUCGAGUAACUAGUAGUUUAUGGGGGGGAAAAAUAAGAAGGUCAAGGGAAGCCAAAGUCAAGGAGGAGGCGGAUCAGAAGGAGGUCCUCAUCCUGCAGACCGGCCGCUGAAACCUCACAUUUUCCCCUCAUAAACCCUCACUUGAAACACUCAUUUACUCCCAUUCUUCCUCCCACCGAACCGAACCGACGAUGACAAAUCCCAGGGUCCUUAUACCCCUCAUGAUAUUAAUCCUAGCCCUUGAUUUAGGCAGUGGGACGAGGCUGGGAGGGCGACGUCGACGAGGAGGGGCCCUGCUGUCGCCCCCUCGACGUCCUGAGGGCACCGAGCUCCCCGAGGACCAGUGGUUCCUGCAGAAGCUGGACCACUUCCACCCCACCGACGGCAGGACAUGGAAGCAGAGAUACUUCACCAACGCGUCCUUCUACAGGCCAGGUGGUCCUGUCUUCCUCAUGAUAGGGGGUGAGGGACCGGCCAAUCCAGUAUGGCUUGUCGAGGGAAGCUGGAUUGAGUAUGCGAAACGGCUGAACGCUUAUCUCUUUCAGCUGGAGCACCGUUUCUAUGGCAAGAGUCACCCAACCGAGGAUGCAUCGGUGGAGAAUCUUUCCUACCUCAGCAGUGAGCAGGCCCUGGCUGAUCUAGCGACAUUCACAGUUGCAAUGCAAGAGGAGCAUGGUCUGAAGGAGAACAAGUGGAUUGCCUUUGGUGGUUCAUACCCUGGGUCGCUUGCUGCAUGGUAUCGGUUGAAGUACCCACAUCUCGUCCAUGGGUCAGUUGCCACAAGCGCUCCUGUGGUUGCACAGAUUAAUUUCAAAGAAUACCUUGAGGUUGUACGAGAUGCCCUUGCCACCGUGAGCGAGAAAUGCGACGAGGCCGUGAAGGAAGCAACGCGCCAGCUGAACAUGCUCAUGCUGCAUAGGGUUGGUUGGCAGAGCAUAACAAAACGGUUCAAGCUGUGCUCACCGCUGGAUGGGCAGAACAAGAAAGACGUCACCAACUUGUUUUCACUUCUGACCGCGAACCUUGAAGAUGUUGUGCAGUAUAACAAGGAUAACAGGGACUUCGAGGGUGUGAAGGGGACCAAUAUAACCAUCGACACUUUAUGUGGCAUUAUGUUGGAUGAAUCGCGGGGUCCGGCAAUCACAAGAUAUGCAGCCAUUAACUCCCUGGCUCUUGAAGUGAAUGAAGAGGAGUGCUUGGACCACACAUAUGAGACGAUGAUAAAGGAACUAAGAGCUACGAAUUGGGAAAACAACACAGAUAUUGGAGGACGGUCAUGGAUCUAUCAGACUUGCACGGAAUUUGGAUUUUACCAGAGCUCUGACUCUUUAAAUCAGCCCUUUGGUAAUGAAUUUCCUGUCAAUUUCUUCAUCCAGCAGUGCCAGGAUAUUUAUGGGGAAAAGUUCAACCUUGAGCUCCUGAAAGAGGGUGUGAAACGCACGAACACGUUGUAUGGAGGGAAAGACCUUAAAGUGACGAGGGUAGUCUUUCCCAAUGGAUCGAUUGACCCGUGGCAUGCCCUAGGGAUAACAGAUAACCUCAGUCCAGAAGCUACUGCAAUUUUCAUAAAUGGAACUGCCCAUUGUGCAAAUAUGUAUCCAGAAGCCGCAGAUGAUCCACCACAGCUACUGCAUGCCAGAGAGCAAGUUUUCAACCACAUUCAAAAAUGGUUGCAAGAGUAAUUAAAUCAAGUGAUUUUACAACUGCUUCCUAAAUGAGUAGCAUUUUGUGAUUUUAUACUGGAUUCUGUAUAGAAAAUUUAUUAUUAUUGAAAUAUAUCAAGGAACAAGCAAGUGAUGUAGCAAUAGUAAUAGUACAUCGGAGUUAAUACUCUUAACCAUGUAAGGUACUUGUUUUUAUAUUGUGAUAUUUUCCAUUUGAUUCCUCAGAUGGAAAAAGACUCCUUUUGUAGUUUACAGGAAGUACCCAUUAUAUUCUGUUGUUAAAAAGGCAUUGUGGUUCUUUUACAGUAUUUAACAUACCAAGAUGUUCUCUUUGUAUGUACAUCAAACCUGUGAGAAAAAGUCAGUUUGUAAUUGGGGUUAUUGAUUUUGAAUAACCCCAGUUUGCACUCUUUGUAAAGUAAAUUGUAUUUAGCUGAACCCUGACUUGUAACA